UACAAAUCCCUCGACAUCAAAAAAUCAUCGUAUAAUUUCCCGCUCAUUUCUGCACCAGGAAAAUUACUUAAAAAUGAAGUUCCGAGCUGUGAUUAGGGAAUCCUCCUCCAUGAGGGAUUUUUUAAACAUUGCAACAACUCUCUCGAAAUGUGGUAAAGAUUUGAUCUUUAACAUUCGUCAGGACGUUCUGGUGAUUGCCGUAAACAUUGAAUCACCCCACGCUGCUCUUCCAAUGUGGUGUGAUAUGGAGAAGAGUUUCUUUGAGGAGUACACAAUGGAGGGAUUGUCGGAGACGCACACUGAAAUCAUAUUGACCAUGAAAUCGGCAAAUUUGGUGCGUGCUCUAGCAACUGGGAGGGCUACACUGCCAACAUUUGUAAAGCUAAAGCUUGUGAAUAAGAAUAUGGCAUGCCUAUGUGUUGAAAUGGAGAUUCCAUCGAGUGUUACGGAGAAGAAUCGUGUCGUCACGAAUGAUGUUCCCGUCACGGUAGUCUCCCGGCGUGAUUGGGGCCACUACAAAUUGCCCGAAAUGCCAGAGUUUUGGAUGGUGCUCUCCAUGCCACCGGCGAAAGAUGUUAAGCCUGUUAUUGAGACACUCAAAAAUACCGCUCCGGUUAUUUGCAUUCAAACUACAAAUGAAGGAAGGAAGGGAACUGUCUCCUUUAUUGCUGAAUCAGGAAUUUGGAAGAUUUCCUGCCACUGUCGUGAGCAGUCCAUCACAUGCGAUCCUAAUCUAGAGGAAGACGAGAAUGUGAUGUCAUGCGAGAUUGAUACCAAAAAGUUAGCUCUCUUCCUCACUAGCAGUCAAUUUCCAAAUUCUCCAAUGCGCUGCAGCAUCAGCCCUGAUCAUCUUGUUAAAUUUGAAGUAGAGAUUCAAGGAAAAGUCACCAUGAUUUGCAUUAUUGCAGCUACGAAUGAAUAAGGCUGCUUUCACUGAUAAUUACCGGGUGUACAAAAAUGAAUUACGUCUGAAUUACUUUUGAAUUUCUUUAUUUAACAUUAAACAUAAAAUACGUACUAAAACAGGUACAAG